GAAGGUAGCGGUAUCAACAAAAGGCUUUGAUCACUGUACGCGAGGGAUGGGAUUUGAUUACUAGCAAUAUGACGUGAAUUUUGUGACAGUUUCUAACUUGGAAUAUGCAUAAUUCCAUCGGAUUACUAAUUUUGGUGCUAUGUGUGUGCUGCAUGCACCAAGGAUACGCCGCUACAUAUGUGCGGGAUAUCCCGGGGCUACUCAACGAGUAUGAAUUUAAUCGCAUCAUGGUGAACAGUGUCCCCAAGCCGUACUUGUACGUCUACCCGAAACAGUUACGAGACAAGCGAGUGGUGGGAAUAUCAACCAAGGAGCACAAAGUGAGGCACCAUGGAAUUCAUGAGCACUUCAAACAUGUCACACUUUUACUUACACUGGAUAAUAAAAGAUACAAGAUCAAGUUGGAGAGAAAUGAUGCACUAUUUUCAUCGGGGAUUAUGGUGAAACACUAUGCAGAAACUAACCAGCAGGUCAUCACACAGAACAUCGAACACUGUUUCUACCAUGGCCGUGUCAAGAGGGAUGAAUGGUCCAGUGUAGCGGUCAGCACAUGCAGUGGGAUAAGGGGUGUCAUUCAAAUGCACAAUGAGACGUAUGUGAUUCAGCCGCUCCUGGGGGGAGAUGAAGGUAUGGAGCACCCACAUAUUGUUUUCAAGGCAUCUGUGUCUCACAAGGAAAAGUGUGGUAAUAGUCUAGGCCAGUGGCUGCCGUUCCAUGAACUUCACAAGGGGGAAUUUGAACGGAAACUCAAGUAUUUACGAGCAGUCAGGUAUCAGAAAGAAGCAGCUCCCCAACCCCCGAAGACUUUGAAGCUGGCCAUGGUGCUGGAUAAAGCUGUGUACCUUGGUCUAAAUUUAUCACAAAGUGAAAUGACAACGUAUGCUGUAGAAAUUGCCAACAUUGCCGAUCUGUACUACCGCCAGCUGAACAUGAACCUGUCAUUGACCUACCUGGAGUACUGGAACCUGGCCGACCAGUUCAUCGUCAGCCCCAAGCAGCGCGAGAUGCUCAUCAAGUUCAUGAACUUCAAGAAGGUGGCACUACAAGGAGCCAACUUCGACAUCGCAUACUUCAUGACUGGCAUAGAGCUUGAAGGAAACGCUGUUGGCAUUGCUCUCCCCGACUCUGUGUGUACUGACAGAGCUGUUGGCAUUAGCAAAAAUCCUAAACCAUUUGAGCCCCAGCAAGCAGCCACCAUCUUGGCACACAUGAUCGGACACAAUCUGGGCAUUGAGCAUGAUGAAGAUGCCAAGUGGAGAGAAAUAUACCAUGAAGGUGGCUGUAAAUGCAAUGAUGAGUUUGGAUGCAUCAUGUCUACCCAAGUUCUUGCUGCUGGUGGGCAUCACUCCAGAAUGUUUUCCAACUGCAGCAAGUCUGACCUUGACAUUAGCCUCAGUAUGGAUAUCACUUCCUGUUUAGAUGGGAAACCACCGGUGAACUUCCCCCAAACUUGUGGCAACAGUAUCGUGGAGAGAGGGGAGGAGUGUGACUGUGGGUCUGAGGAGGAUUGUCUGAAGAAUGACCCCUGCUGUGACCCAGACACAUGUCUGCUGCGGUACUGGGCCCAGUGUCGCUCCGGCCCCUGCUGUAGUAACUGCACAGUGUUGCCCAGGACACACAUGUGUCGAGAUAGACAGACAGAGUGUGAUGUGCCAGAGUUCUGUGAUGGGGAAAGAGGAGAGUGCCCCUCCAACAACUACGUUCAAGAUGGCCACCCCUGCAAGAAUGGAACAGGCUACUGUGUGGCUGGCAUCUGCCCCUCACUUCAGCAGCAAUGUCAGACCAUCUGGGGACAAGGUGCCAAAGGAGGAGAUGACCAGUGUUUUGAGAGAUUCAACCCAACAGGAAACUUCAACGGCCAUUGUGGCAAGGAUGUUACCACUGGCAACUAUGCAAAGUGUUCAUCUGAGGACAUCCUGUGUGGUCUUCUUCACUGUGAUGGUGGCAACAAGGAGCCAUUGUUUGGGUCAGAGGGAUUCUCCAAAACAACAGUCAACUCUAAAGGCAUUGAAUAUGAGUGCAAGAUUGUCCACGGCCCAACCAUGAUGGACAUGCCCCAUAUGGGCCUGGUGCAGGACGGCACCAAGUGUGGGGAGGGCAAGGUGUGCCACAACGCACGGUGUGAGCGCAUCAAACAUCUCCCUCCUCUCGGGUGCCCAGGAACAUCUCGCGCCAUCAUCUGCUCUGGACACGGGGUCUGUACCAGAGAUGACACCUGCUACUGUGACAGCGGUUGGGGAGGAUAUGACUGCAGGAUUAAACUCAAUAUUACCAUGACAACCACCAUGCCAGUUACAACCAGCAGCCUAGUAUCAUCCGCCACUACAAAAGGAAUUCAAGUUAUCCCCCUUAACCCGGCGGAGAACCGACUGGCCACUACUCCAGCUGAUCCGUCCGCUGCUCCAGUACUCAAAGAGAUGGACGGCCUAAGUACAAUGUGGCUGAUCAUCAUCCUGGCAUCCGUGGUGGGCGGUCUGGUCCUUGUCCUCAGCCUCACACUCUUUUGCUACAGACGCCGCAUCCCGAGCAAACUGCAAUCAGCAGUGACCAAGGGGUUGCUGGGUAGCAAAGAUGGUGGCAUGGAUAAGAAGAAGGCUGGGUUUGUGAAUGCCAAAUAUAUUGGCUUGGGUGGUGUGCUUCCCUCGUACAGGCCUGAUGCUCUGUUUGGGAAGAAGAAGAAGCGCAUGUCAAGUGAAGAUGAAAGUGACAUCGGAGAGCUACCUCCCCCUCCCAUAAUCAUAUCUGACCCUAACAGUGCCCGCCCGGAAAAGGGAAUCCUAAAAAACUCCAUGAUGAGACUGACAGGGGAGGAUAACCGGAGAAGCAGUGACUCAAAUGGAGAUCAAGAGAGUGUGGGGCCUUAUAUGUAUGAUGAAGAUGAUGAUUUAGAAGCUGAAGAAAUCCGUGAAAUUCUCGGAGAGGAUGACUUUGAACAGAGUCUUGAUGCUCUAGAUCAGUUGCCUGAAUCGUCAAGUUUCGACUUUGUGUUGCCCCAGCCCCCCCAUCCCAGCUUUGGGAUGCCCUGCCUUCACCCCUCACCCCCACCCCCAAGAAGACUGGGGCGGUUAGAUCUGCCACUGACAACAGACUAUCAGCAUCAGCCUCUGUUGUGGAAGGGAACUGGUUAUCCCAUUUCUCCACCCCGAUCGAAAAUUGUGCGUUUGAGAAAUCUUGAUGAGCUGAUUCGCCAGAUUGAUAAAAACACUAUAGACUUGUCACCUUCACCAGAUGAACCCCCUGUUCAAAUAUCGCCAUCAACAUGUACGUCAGAGGAUGUGCGCAGUAGUGAGACUGAGGCUGAGAGACAUUAUCACAGUGCACACUCUCAGUCCGACCACAGUCCCACCUCCUUCACCAGUUCAAGCACACGAGACACAGCACGGCCAAUUCUUGGCAACCUCAGCCAAUAUCUGCUGAAGCGUAAUGACUUUAAUACUGUUGACCAUCAGACUGGGGAGGACAAUGAACUUCAGCCUCAUCAGAUUGAUAUCCCCCCACCUAUGAACCCGCUCAAUCUGAGAAAUAUUUUCAACAUUGGGCAGCCCCCAUUAAACAGAGACAAUGAGACUCCUUUAGGAAGUCAAACUGGAGAGAACAGUUCUUUAAAUGGCACUUCAAAUUCUCGUAACGGAUAUGAGAAGAGCUCGGGAUAUGGCAGUGAACAUGAUGCUGAGAGAUUCAGCAUUGAGGACAUCUCUCGAUCACAGUCACGGUCUCAGUCAGCCUCCCCACCUUCUUAUAGUGCUGUUAUAAGAACUGGUCCAAACCAGAUAAAGCUGGUUCCUGCUGGUCACCGUGUGGUUGAUGGCAACCAUCAAGACCUUCACAAAAUACUUGAUGGACUACCACGAAUUGAUGCAGGCACAUUUGAACGAAGUCCCAUUCAAACCAGCAGCGUUAACACACCCUCCACUGGGCCAAUACCUGCUUCAAAAUUUAUGCGAGAACAAGUAGAUAUGGCAAGCACCCCAUCAACAGGUCCCAUCCCCGUGUCGAGAACUCUGCGCGAUUAUGCUUUUGAGAGCGGCAACAAGCCGUGCAUAGAUAGAAGUCUGGAAGAAAUACCUCAGGACUUCUCCGUGGACAUGAAGAACAUGAAGAAACAUCACAGAAAGUCGCUGAUCAAGUCCAAACGUCCAGUGAGUCUCAGCGUCAGCAAGCACAGUUCCGACUCCAGCAGUCAGGAAACAGUUAACGAAGGUGUCAUGGUGGCAUAAUAUCAGAAUGCCCACUUUGUUGAAUAGCUUAGAACAAAUACUCACUGACUUUUGCCUUGUUGUAGAGAUAUGUGUUGAAAGGUCAAGUACAUGUAGUUUUUUGGAUAACAUUAUUCAGUGGUUGUAAACCUGCCUUGGGUUUCCAAUGACUGCUGUUUCUUGGUAUAGCUCCCAUCCUGAAGAGAUCUUCAGAGGACAGCAUGUGAAAAGACAGUUGCUGGUCACUGUGAGUUCCAGCAUUAACACUCAUAAUCCUGCUGUUGGCAUCAAAGGUUACUCUUGUUAUGUAAAAUGUACUGAGAUGAGAGGAAUGUUUGUCAUGUAGACCUGUAUGAUAAACUGUGGAAAAAAUGGCUCAAUUUCAUGUGCUGCAACCUGUGAAGAUCGGGGUUAGAAUUGAUCUUCAGUAACCCAUGUUUGUCGUAAGAGGCGACCAACGGGAUCGGGUG